AAAUGAACGCAUCAUCGCCUAGUGGGCGUGUCCAUCUGAGCCAAUAUGUCUCCUGAGAAAUAAGUUUUCUGUUAACAUAGGCUAUGUGGCUACUUCGCAAUACGAUGUUUAAACGGAACCUAAUCACACUCCCGCAUUUUAAUCAUGCGUUACCACAUGUUGGUUUGGUUUUCGCUGUAUUUAUAAGCUUACAAAUCACGAUUGUUAACUGCGAAAGAAUCGACCCUGGAAGUUGUGUCAUCUGGGGUCCAGGACUUUAUCCUGAUGUCAUUUUGCCUGUCCGACACUUCUUCAUCCAGGCGGUCGAUUUUAAAGGAGAACAUCUGAGUUCAUCUCCAGGCAAAGACACAUUUACAGUGAAGAUAACGUCACUGGAGAAGAAGGAGCACGUUCGCAUCCACGUCCCCCCACCUUUGGACAGAGGAGAUGGAUCCUUCAUGGUGAGGUACCGCUUGUACAAUACAGCACCAAUGGGCCUCAGAGUUGAGAUCUUCCAUCAUGAAACUGCUGUUGCCAAAUCACCCUACAUCAUCCCAGGUCCAGUCUAUGAUGAAUACUGUGACUGUCCUGAACCUGACGCCUCGGCCUGGCAGGAUGCCAUGCAGUGUCCGCUUGACGAGCCUCAGAUUGAGGCAGAUUUCAAAUCAUUCCCGACGAUUAAUCUGCAGCGUCUGAGGGAGGAGGUGCCUCAAAAAUUUGCAAACAGAGGGGGUAUUAUUCAUUAUGCCAUUAUCAAAAAUCGUCUGUUCCGACGAACGCUGGGAAAAUACACCGACUUCAAGAUGUUUUCCGAUGAGAUGCUACUAUCCCUGACAAGGAAGGUGAGGCUACCUGAUGUGGAGUUUUACAUUAAUGUUGGUGACUGGCCGUUGGAGACGAGGGCGAUCGACGCAAAUCCUGUCCCGGUCCUGUCCUGGUGUGGUUCCACAGACUCACGAGAUAUCGUCCUCCCAACAUACGAGGUCACUCAUUCCACUCUGGAGAGCAUGAGAGGCGUCACCAAUGACCUGCUCUCCAUUCAAGGCAACACAGGUCCAUCAUGGGCAAACAAAACCCAUCGGGCUUUUUUCCGUGGCCGCGAUAGCAGAGAAGAACGUCUCCAGCUGGUGUCUCUGUCCAAGAAACAUCCAGAGCUUUUAGAUGCCGGCAUCACAGGAUGGUUCUUUUUCAGAGACCGUGAAAAACACGUUGGCAAAGCACCGCUUGUCGGAUUCUUUGAUUUCUUUAAGUACAAGUACCAGGUGAAUGUGGAUGGCACAGUGGCGGCGUAUCGCUUUCCUUACCUAAUGCUUGGGAACAGUCUGGUUCUGAAGCAGGACUCACACUACUAUGAGCAUUUCUAUAGUAGCCUGAAAGCUGGCGUUCACUACGUCGCCUUCAAGAGAAAUCUUUCAGACCUGUUGGAAAAAAUCAAAUGGGCCAAAGAGAAUGACACCGAGGCAAGGAAGAUCGCCAGCGCUGGUCAGGCUGCAGCCCGGGAAUUGCUGCAGCCCAGCAGACUCUACUGUUACUACUAUCGAGUGCUCCUGACGUACGCCCGGCGGCAGUCGGGUCAGCCGAGCCGCCACGCUGACAUGGAGCCGGUGCCUCAGUCGGCUGAACAUGCAAAUGAGUGCAAGUGUCGGCGUGAGAGCGACGAAGAAGAAACGACCAAAGAGGAACUGUGACACAUUCAUCAAUCAAAGAAUCCCAAUCAGGGAUGAAGAAAAUGUGAGUUUUCAUAUUGGAUUGUAAUAUUGUAUCAUUGGAAAAUGCCUAUUUUGAAAAGUUGGACACGUUUCUGUACCAGAACAACAUUCUUUUUUUUUUUUUUUUUUUACAAACAAAGCUUGGUCCUAAUGAUGAUUAUGUGAUUAUUUCUUUAUUAUAUUAUAAAAUGUCUUUGUAUAAAAUUUUCUUUGUUUGACUGAA